AUGGGCUCAAUAACUUCGGAAGCUCCUAUUCAUGAUUCAGUGGUUGUUUCGGAAUCUGCACUGAUUCCCCGGAAGAAGGCCUUGUUCCAGCUGUACCUUCAGACCGGUAUUAAUCCCCUAAAGAAGGAAUCCUGUCAGGUUGCGUUGCGCAGGUUUGGGUCGUUUUCUGGAUUUCGGACCUGUCUGCCCUUUUCCCGUCUCGUUCAGACACUGCAUGUUCUUUUGCGUCACCAACUUGACCUCCUGUUAGCCAUUCAUCACGUCUCCUUUUUCUCACCAAUCCCCGUGAAUGUCACACCGAGCAAAAGCACCGACUUAACUCUCAAACCUCCCGCACAAACCCCUUCUCCGUCUUCGUCACAAAAGAAGACGGAGGAUUUGGCGUCAAUUAUGGUGGCUGGCACCGACUGCACCUCUCCAACUCCAACCCUCAUGAACAGAAUGUCAGUCCGUAUGGACACACCCAGUCCACAGAUGUCCAGCAGUAGUCGCCCCUCUGCCUCCACAUUUCUUACUGGUAGCCCCAUGAUAGCCCCUGCGAGUGUGUGUGCUCCGGGUUUGAACAGUCCUCUUUUCCGGGGUGGUGUUGGCAGCCGCGCGCAAAAGAUGCUGGCUUUGGGUCUGAAGAAGGCUGCCGAACUUAGCAAACAUCGGGCAUCCCAGUCCUCCAUUGAUUCUCAAUCCUCUUCGUGUGAUGAAGCCUCGCUCGACCGACGCUCACCCCUCACCUCUCCGCCCUCAGUACACGCCGACAUCACAGAGGCUGGUCGCCCAGGUAACUGCUGCGUCCAUGUUGAGCUUUGUUAUCUCAUAUAA